AUGCGGCUACUCUCAUUGUUGAUACUAUGCCUCAGUGCAUUGCAACCCGCGCUGGCCGCUCUCAACGUAACGGGAGCUCCCGCUUGUGGUUUAAAAUGUAUGGUCGCGUCGAUCGCCAACUCGUCCUGUACAAUCAGCAAUACUACUUGUAUUUGCACCAAUGAGUUACUUCAAGCCCAAAUCACCGAAUGUGUCACAGCAAGCUGCUCGAUUCGCGACCAAUUAGGUACUAAGAAAUUCUCAUUCGAAACAUGCGGCGUGGAAGGCGAAGACAGAACCGCCCUUGUUUGGAUUCUUGCUAUUGUAUUUGGAGCGCUCGGACUGCUGGCUUUCACAUUACGAUGCAUGGCGAGGUUUAUGGGACCGCACAAUUGGGGCCACGAUGAUUCGGUUAUGUGUGUGGUUAUAUGUCUCGCGAUCGCCCUCGCAGUCAUCUCCAUACCUCUGACUCAGAAUGGACUCGGUUUGGAUAUGUGGUUUGUGCCUCAUGACCAUAUUACUGAGCUCCUACGGCUAUACUAUUUCGACGAGGUCAUAUACAUCUCAUCCCUGGCCCUGACCAAGGUCUCCAUUCUUUUCUUCUACUUGAAGGUCUUCCCGAAGCGGUCGUUCCGUAUCGUCACAUAUGUCCUAAUUGGCAUCAACUUGCUUUACAUGCUCACUUACGACUUACUUCUGAUCUUCCAAUGCAACCCGAUAUCCGGCGCCUGGAAAUUUUGGGAUGGCGAAUUCGAGGCGAAGUGCAUUAGCAUUAACGUGUUGGGUUGGUCCGCUGCUGCCAUCAACAUUGCAUUGGAUCUCGCUGUUAUCGUCCUCCCGCUUCCCGAAUUAUUCCACCUGUCAUUGUCAUUGAGGAAGAGACUCCAAAUUAUUGCUAUGUUUGCUGUCGGUUUCUUCAUCACUAUUGUCAGCAUUGUCCGUCUUUACUCCCUUAUCCGAUUCGGUACCACGCAGAAUCUCACACAGGAUUACGUCGAGACUGGAUACUGGUCCACGAUUGAGGUACCUGUAGGAAUUAUCUGCGCGUGCAUGCCGGCAGUCCGAUCCCUCUUCAGUAUCGCUCUUCCCAAGAUCUUCGGUACAACCCGCGCCACCAUCGACUCUACCUUCGGCAGUUUCGGCCCAAACUCCUCGGGCAACCGCUUAGGCCCCAACUCGCGGAACAAGAUCAGCGUCAAGCAGGAAUGGUCGGUGUUGAGCGAGGGCCCAGCCGAUCCCACCGCGCAAGCCAACGACCGACACGGGCGCAGCGGCAGCGAUGUCGAGCUUCUCAACGUAGGAGUCGCCAUCUCGAACAACAACCGCGACCGCAAGACCAAUAACAGCAGCAGCGAUGAGGACGAAGACGGUCGACCGACUCGCAAGAUGACGCUGUCGAAGCACGGUGGCGCGUGGCGUGGUAUGAGCAUCCCCGAACAACAGCAGCAGUCGCAACAACCGCCGCAACCAUACGAGGGCGCGUAUAAGUCGGCCGCGUAUACGAGUGAACGAGAACUGCGGUAG